ACUGGUGUUUUCUCAGCGGAGUUCCGCACGGCCGGUAGGGGGCGGUGAGUGUUCUCAGGUGGGGAGGGCAGGUUGUGUGCGGGGGCGUGUUCCUCCAUGUCCGUGGUGUGGAGACCUACGAGAAGCGAGCAGCCACAGUCAGUGCAGCGUGUGUGUGUCACUGGGUGUGUGUGUGUCACUGGGUGUGUUUGAGUAAAUGUGUGUGUGUGAGUGACUAACACAGUUGCCCGUGGUCUCUCUUUCUCUUUCUCUCGGGCUGCCGCACUUUUCCUCCCUCUCCUCUCCAGCCGCACGAACCCGGCGACACGCUCCCGCACCUUGCCCGGAGCCCUGGCCGCGGGUGACCCGGGGAUCCUACUUUUUUCCCCCCCGGACGAACAGACUCGGGCUCCGCCGGCAGGAAAGGUGGAAGUAAACUACAUUCAUUGACUUGUGAGCGAUGCACUGGCAGCAUGGCCAAGUGGUUCAAGGAGCACCUAGGAUUCAAAACUACCAAAGCACCCCCUCCGGCGCCUCCGAAGCCGGACUACAGGCACUGUCACACCGGUGUGCCCGGUGCGCCUGGCUUCCAGCAGGCGAGCUCCGCCGCCACCUUCCCGAGUCCCGCUCAGCCGGACAUACUCGCUGCUUACAAACUUCAGAAGGAGCUGGACUUCGAGGACCCGUACACUCCCGGCGGAAACAUUUCGUUCGGGCCGGGCUUGAACGCGGUGGGGUCGCCGGACACCAAGUACGUGUCGCCGAAGCACCGACUCAUCAAGGUGGAAACAAUCGAGAAGAGCAGCCCGGCUCCGGGCGGCGGUGUCACCGUCACACAGGCUGUCGCUGUCGGGAGCGUUAAAUCUCCCACUUCACCUCCGGCGGAGCACGAGAACAAGGAGAAGCUCAUUAUCCUUGAAGACUAUGCGGACCCUUUCGAUGCUGAGCAGGCGGGUGGCACACAGACCACCACGGAGAAAGUGACAACCGAGAAUGACGGCUACAUGGAGCCGUACGAGGCCCAGAAGAUGAUGGCAGAAAUCCGAUCUGGGGGACGAGUGCCAAAGGAAGGACCUGUGAGGCAGCUGCCCUUGUACGACACGCCGUAUGAACCAGCCGAGAACGGCGGCGACUCGGACCCUGAGCGCUCGCGCUGCCCGAGAGAAAGCCGUCUGCCCCAGGAUGAUGAACGACCUCCAGAGGAGUAUGACCAACCCUGGGAGUGGAAGAAAGAGAGGAUUUCCAAAGCGUUUGCAGUAGAGAUUAAAGUGAUCAAGGACCUACCAUGGCCCCCUCCUGUCGGCCAACUCAACACCAGCCCUCCCCUGGUGGAGGAGCUGGAGUCUCCCUCCCAGACAGCUCAGCCCUCGCCAGGACAGACGAGCUGUGACCAGCACCACCAUGUCCAGUUCGAUGGCGUGGAGAAGUCUCGAAUGUCUCCGACCAAGGAUGGGAAAACUCGCCCACUGCAGCGACACUCCAGCGGCUGUCUGGUCAACACUAAAAUGACGUCGCUGGACCACUGCAGCUCCUCUCUAGGGGAGCGUAUUGACCCCACCAUGCCCCUGGAAAGCCAGUUCUGGUACCAUGGAGCGAUCAGCCGGACAGAUGCAGAGUCUCUGCUCAGGUUGUGUAAGGAGGCCAGCUAUCUGGUGAGAAACAGCGAGACCAGCAAGAACGACUACUCCCUCUCCCUUAAGAGCAGCCAGGGCUUCAUGCACAUGAAGUUGUCGCGGACAAAGGAGAACAAGUACAUCCUGGGCCAGAACAGCUGCCCGUUUGACAGCGUGCCUGAGAUCAUCCAUUUCUACUCCAGCCGCAAGCUGCCUAUCAAGGGUGCCGAACACAUGUCCCUGCUCUACCCUGUAGCCAUUAGGACACUAUAGUGCCAUGGGUCACCUGCAGGCGUCGGCCCCCUGCAGCACUCACUGGACCACCCUCAGUGGCUCCACUCUUCCUGUCCCUGUGGACGGAGCCCCAAGGGCUCAUGGGAAGACGAACAGUGGCAUCCUAAACUGCUGAUCCUAACUCACCUCACCGGCCGACAGUCCAAACCUGUUUUGAAGGCCUACUUCAUACUAUCUCAUACUUACAGACUCAAUGAUUGCAAAAAGUCUUUAUUAUUUGAUGUUAUUAUAUUUUAUUUUAUUUUUUUAUUUAUGACAGUCACCCAAUUCACUACAUCACAGACUGAGGAACAUCAUUUCAUUUAUUCUUGAGCUGACCCCACUUGGCACUAAACACUCAAAGAAAAAUAAAGGUACAACAUCAGACGUAACUUCCAUCCUAACAUGUUGUACCUUUUUCCUCAGAGUGCACGUCAUGACAGUUGUGUGUCUGAUUUUCUCCAUUGGUUGAGCUCUGCUGUUAAUGUAAUUGUUUGUAAGGGGACUUGAAGAUUGUAAGCGCUGUGUAAGUAAAGCGACUUUUAUGGGGCAUGUUAAGGGAUAUUGUCCACAUGGGCGCCGUACAGUGUCCAGGAUAUUGAAUAAAUUGGUCGUGUAUGAAUGGUAUUUCCCCAGCUGCACCGAGACAACAGGCCUGCGAGCUGUGCAGAUUGAUCUCUCUAUCUUGUCAUAGUGCAUGCUGUCUGCUAUCCAUCACCACGUGGGUGCAUCACAUCAAUGACAGUGUAAGUACCAUAGUGGUGAGACAGGCAGGGGAGCGUGAUGGAUGGGUCGUCCCAUCCAACACAUUACAAUUGGCCGAGGCAAGAGACCAGAGCCUGUCCGAAUAGACCAAAUUACCCCUGCUGCCCCUGCUUAGUGUGGCUUUGCAUCGGGAGAAUGAAAUAUGCCUGCAUUGUCUACCUCAGAAAAUCAAUUUCAUUCGCCCAUCUGCAGAUCAAUAGGUACAAUGGGAUUGCAGACAUCGAUCUUCCCUCCGUUCGACAUUCCAAUUCCCUUCAAAUCACAUCAUUGCUUUUAGGAAUAUGUUUUUUAAUCCAGUUAAUCCAAGAUUUUUUUUUAUGAAAACAUUUUCAUAAAAAGAAGAAAAAACAUUUUUUUCCCAGAUCCGCAAUUGUAUGUAUAGUCACUAAUAUGAUACUAUGUGAUGUCAGUAACAAAUGUUUGGUUAAUGCCUUAUAAUGCAUGGGUCAAAUCAGUCCGCGAGAUCAGCUGAUUUCUAAUUCUGCUUUUAUCGAUUGUUCUGUGACUGUAAUUAAUUCUGGGGUAAUUGUUACUGAUGUGUUACUUCUUUGUGACGCCCCCACCGGCCCCUCGCCCUCAUCGUCCUGUGCCGAUGUGAUCAUGUUAUUUGGGAACUACUCCAGCCUCUUCUAACUGUGGUGCUUUGCAUUUUUGUCGCUUGAAGUUCUGCUCAAUGCACGUUUGCCUCAGCGGCCACAACUCGAGUCACGCCGUCUCCUGACCAAGGGGAUCGUCGGCGCCUCAAGCGAGAGACGAUGGCCUAUUCUCCUCGGACCAAUCACAACGCAGCCUGUUUGAACCGGAUUAAGACCUACCUUUGACCUGUCAUGCUCUCUGUCAUCGACCCUUUACUACCAGAUGUGCAUACGUGUGUGAAUGUGAGUGAGGAUGCAGGUGUGGAAAUGUGCACAGACUGUGAGUUCCAGUGUUUUUAACCCCGCUGGUACAAACUGGUGAGAGUUAUUGAACAAAUCUCUGUGGUUGUCUGUGUUUUUUUUGUUUUUUUUUUCUUGAACCUUUCUUGAACUUGAAUUGAGCAAUUAUGAGUCACACAAUUUAUUUUUGUGUUUGCUCAUUGACCACAUUUAAUUUUAGCAACUCACAAUAAUGACCUGUGUGCGUUGUGGCCCGCUCCCUGUGGUUUACUGAAAGAAUAUUCCAGCCCACAGCAUAUUAUACUGCUGAGAAGUCACAGCACACCAUGUACAGUCAAACAGUCAUCAUGAGUUGCAAAAUUAAAUCGUUGUUUGGUUUAAUGAACAAAUCCUAAUCAAAUUUUAAAAUGUUUUGCCUCUUCGUCCGAGCUUUAAAUGGCCGACACCAGGAACCAGAAGCUGACUUGAAGCGAGUGUGACCUCUGAAUACAAAUUUUGGCUUCGACUAUAUCCACACUGCGCUAUGCAACUCUAUAAACUGCAGUCAUUGAAGGGAAAAAUGAUUGUGUGAGUGUGUGCCUCCGCCAAAAACGUUGACAUGUGAUGGUACAAAAAUGUCCACAGGGAAGAAAUGUAAUCAGCAGAAUGACCUGAAUAGAUAGAAGGCAUUUGCAGAAAGUGGGAUGUGCGUGUUGUCACGGCAGCGCGCGAGCAGACGGGCGCUGCUGUCGUUACAUGAUUGCAGUACGUUAUAUGAGGGUGUCUGUUCAUGUGAGGAGGAAGCCACCACAGCUUUAGUAGGGAUUAGAAUGUUGUUGCAGUGGACCUAUGUAUUUCCUUGAAAGAAGAUAUUGCAGAUUUAAAAUAAACUGUGUUAUAGAUGUGUAUCCUGUAUGUUCUAAAUGUUCCCUGUUGAAGAGAUCAGACAGUAGAGGCUCUUUAUUUAGUUACUGCUGCUCAUGAGUAUUUCUCUACUAUAAGGACGAGCCUGUGUGUGAUGGCCACACUGCUUAGAGAGAGGCCUUAGCUUUGACAGAGGAAAAAGGAGAAAUGGUGGGAGGGGGAGAAUGAGGGGGAGGCAGAGUGGAAGGUGUUAGGACACGAGGAGGGAGUCUCUGCAAUCAGCAGACGCAUUCUUCACAUUCGUAUGUUUCUUAUAUUAGAACCUGAAAGAGCUCUUCCCCUCCCUCAGAAGUGUCUUAAAGUGCGUGUGUGUGUAUGUACGCACGAUCGUGCAUGCAUGAAGCUGUGUGUGUGUGUGUGUGUGUGUGUGAAUGAGAGAGUGUGCACUGGUGUAAGCAGCCAUCUGCCAUUGACUUGCCCUGUGUGUAUCUAGUGUAUCACUUUACUGUGGUAAAGUGGCAUGUGUGCGUUUCCUUUGUGUACAUUUUCGUGCCACGUUAUGUAUGCACUACUAUAACAUAUCUGUACAGUCCCUCAUGGCCAAAUGUAUAUACUGAAUGUAUUGUAUGGGGACGUAGAGGCAUCGAGGUUCAAAAUAAAUAAAAUUGGGUUUAUGAGUUAAA